AUGAGCCUCGUUCCACCGUCGACUAAUAUAUCGGAAGUCCGCUUCCUCUUGUUGCUGUCUAUACCAGUAGUCUUGGUCAUAGUGGUAUCUUCGGGCGUAUUUUUCGACUUCUUCACUUCGGGAGCCAGA